AUGUACGCCGCUCAGAAUAUAACGCCAACAGUUUUGGAUGCCAUGAAUGGAAAUGUUUCCGAAUGGUAUAACGAAUGCGACAAUGCCAUUAGAAGGUCAGAAAUAGUUCCUGGAACUUACGAAUAUACAACUGCUGUUUCUUAUGGAAACGUAGGUGAGUUUGGAGAAGGUUCUUCAACAACAGUAGAUAUUGCUUGCGACAGGUUUCAUAUAAUUUCUAUUGACAACUCAUUCUUAUACGUGGAACAAGACAUUGAAAUAAAACCUUCUGCCAAGUUGUCUGACAAGAAAGGUUGCAAUGGAAUUUUCUAUGUCGGAUACCAAUAUGCUCCAGAAGUUUUCAUGGGAUAUAAGAUAUAUUCUAACUCUGACUUAGUUCAAACAGUAACAUGGGCAAACUAUGAAUGGUUCGCUUUGAGAAACUCAGUACAACCACAAGCUAGAGAACAAACAGACCAGUAUGCAACUAUUGAGAAAAUAAGAAGACUUGACCCUAACGUUCCAGGAGUUUAU